GGCACCAUGCAGUAGACCUGAAUCAUUAUUACGCGCAGUGUUAUAAUCCAUGUAGGGCGUGAUUAUCAAUCUAAAACUAGAAUUAUAAAUCCUUACGUUCAACAUUUUGACGUAUUUUUUGCGAUAUAGAAUAAUUUUACGGAACUGAUACUGAUCCACAAUAGACAUCUACAACGGCAAAACCACUUAAUUUGCAAUGUUUCGAAUUGCAAUUAUAAUUUGUGUUUUGUAUUCCGCUACAACCAGAGCGAAUGAAUUUAUUGGGAGAACGAGCCGAAAUUAUAUUGCGAGCCGAGAUUCAUGGUCGAGUACAAGACAUGACGAUUCAUUUAGAAAUGAGUACACCUUCAGUGAUCCGGAGUGGGAGAAAAUGUGGCACCUGAAUCGGGGACAAGGCCAGGACAUGAACGUUAUUGAGGCAUGGAAUGAAGGAUUUACUGGAAAGGGUGUUGUCGUCAGCAUACUGGACGACGGUUUGGAAAUCUCACACCCAGACCUUAGCAAGAACUACGACCCAUUAGCCAGUUAUGAUUAUGUGAGCAACGAUCCAGAUCCAACCCCAGAUUACAGUGAUUCUUCAAAUUAUCAAGGGACUAGAUGUGCCGGUGUGGUCGCGGCGGAAGCUAAUAACAGUAUUUGUGGAGUUGGAAUUGCAUACGAAGCAUCCAUCGGCGGUAUACGAAUGUUGAAUUCAAUGAAUUCAACCCCAUUGGAUAAAGUUGAAGCGGCCUCACUCUCCCAUAAUAAUCAACACAUCGACAUUUACUCCGCAUCCUGGGGACCUGACGAUUACGGCCGAACCGUGGAUGGACCUGGUGAGCUAGCACGGAACGCAAUCUUUCAUGGCGUAAACAAAGGGCGGGGCGGAUUAGGUUCUAUAUUCGUGUGGGCAUCUGGGACUGGCGGGCGAUGGGGCGAUAACUGCAAUUGUGAUGGAUAUGUGAAUUCAAUGUACACCAUUUCAAUUAGCACUGCCUCAGAACGGGGAACGGUUCCCUGGUAUGCGGAACAUUGUAGCCCAAGUCUCGCUACGACAUAUAGUUCUGAUUCAUGGAAGGCGAACGAUCGUAACAUUACAACAACGACAAUAGGAGAAAAAUGUACUUCUUCAUUCGACGGUACGUCUCCUGCGGCACCGAUCGCCGCAGGAAUUUUAGCCCUAACCCUGCAAGCCAAUCCUACCUUGACGUGGCGUGAUGUUCAGCAUAUAAUCGUUCGAACAUCCCGCUCUGCACCUUUAACUUCCCAAGACUGGGCUACUAACGGAGCUGGUUUGAGGUACAGUAACUUCUUUGGAUUCGGACUAAUGGAUGCUGGUGCCAUGGUCAAACUAGCUCGUAGAUGGAUCAGUGUUUCUGAACGGUUCGUAUGCCAGGUACCCGUUAUACGGAUAGAUAGUGAGGAAACUAUCGCAAGAUAUGGCACAUUGCGACGAAAAUUCAAAUUGGAGGGGUUAAAUUGCCCAAAUGUGGGGCAUCUUGAGCACGUCCAAUUGAUAGUAAGUACAAGGUCUAAUCAACGCGGGAAUCUUGGGAUGGUCAUAAUUUCGCCAUCCGGCACAAUAUCUACCGUAUUAACACCCCGCCCGCGAGACAUAUUUGGUAAAAGUUUUAUUAACUGGCCCUUCAUGACGGUUCAUUUUUGGGGUGAAAACCCAAUUGGGACAUGGACACUGGAAUUUCAAAAUAACGGCACGUUCAAUCAGAUUUUAUCCAACGUGACGUUUUUGGGGUAUGGAACACUUUCAAAUCCAAAUCAAGGCGAUUCAAACUUUCCUAGUGGAUUAUCCAAUAGGGAUGAAAUUCAGGAUGAAAAAUGGCCAUUCUACAUUUCAUUUUGGACGAUUUUGGAAUUUUCGAUAAUUGUGUUUAUUAUUUGGCAAGUUGUUAAGUGGAUUGGGGCACGAAGAAACGAGAAUAAAUUCACAAAGGUGCAGAUGUAAAAAAAAAAAGUAUAAUCAACGCGAGCCGUAAAUCAAUAAUAUGUAUUGUUUUUAUUGAAUAUCCAUAUUUCUAAAUAUGUAUCUUAAUAAAAUGAUACCAAGCAUCGUAUCAAGCAUCAUAACUAUUA